AUGGUUAUUGUGUUUCAAUGUUUAAGUUGUGCGUCAUUUGACCCAAACUGUGAAACAUGUAGUUCGUCAAGUUCGCGAAAUUGCACAAAAUGCAAAUCGAAUAUGUACCCUGAUACUUCCACUGGAAAAUGUCAAACGUGCGAUACUUCGUGUGGUGGUAGUUGCGACACAACAAAUAAAAUUUGCACAAACUGUGUUUCUGGUAAAGUCUUUAAUGAACCAAAGGGAAAGAUGUGUAUUGACUGUUCAACUUUUGAUGCAAACUGUGUCGAGUGCGCAUUAAAUGGAGAACGAAUGUGUGUCAAAUGUAGAGAGAACAGCGGUUUCUAUUUAUUAAACGGUAAUUGUGUUGCUUGUGAUUCAACUUGCAAGCCAAAUACGUGUGACUCGACAUCUGGAAUUUGUUCUCAGUGUUUGGUAAACUACACAAUAACUUCUCCAAUAUCAAAAGUGUGUGUAGAGUAUUCUGAAUUUGAUUCGAAUUGCAAAAUUUGUGCAUCAGAUUUCACACGAAAAUGUGAGUUGUGUUCGAGUGGAAAAUACCCAAAACCAUCAGAAAAUUACAAGUGUGGUAAUUGUGACCCAACGUGUGGAAGACAAUGCAACGGCUCAACAGGUGCAUGUAUCGGUUGUUCGUCAAAUUACGUCUUCUUAACAACCAACAGUUUAAUAUGUGAUUCAUGUGCAACUUUUGAUUCAAACUGUCUGACGUGUGACUCAAAAUAUCAGAGAAAAUGCAGUGUGUGCAAAACAAGUGGGAUGUAUCCAAGCGAGUCGACAUACACGUGUGUUUCAUGUGAUGCAACAUGCAAUGGAAACUGCGAUCAAACAACAGGCAAGUGCACUGGGUGUAUCAACAAUUAUGUGUUUGAAGCAACCAAGAGUCGUGUGUGUGUUGCUUGUAAAUUGUUUGAUCCAAGUUGCAAAACGUGUUCGUCUGAUUACAACAGAAAAUGUGUUGAAUGUGAAAAUGGAUUUUAUCCAAAUGAUAGUGGUAUCUGUGUUCAGUGUAACACGACAAUUACAAACUGUAAAUCGUGUAAUCCAAGAGAAAAUAUAUGUUUGUCGUGUCAAGACCCGUAUUACCUCUUCAACCAAACGUGUUUGAGUUGUGCUUCUGGAAGUUAUAAAAACACGGAAACGUCAUGUGAAAAGUGCUACAUUGGCACCCCAAAUUGCCAAAUUUGUACAACAAAAACAGUUGGAAUUCCGGUUUGUAGCACGUGUUUUUCGCCAUUUGAAAUUAAAUCUCAAACCAAUAUUUGUGGUUUUUGUGAAACAAACACGUUUUACAACACCACAAAAAAGAAAUGUGAAAACAAUGGAAUUGGCUGUUCGGCUGCUUUAAAUCACGAAAAUUGUUUAAGAUGUUCAGAUGGGUAUUAUCUGUCAAAUAACAAAUGUGUAUCGGCAACCAAAUGUGUGGACAAAUCAACUCUUUCGAAAGUGUCAUGUGACUGUUCGUAUCAAAUAUCAGUUGGAUCAGACUGCCAAAGCAACGUAUCAAAUGCAAAUAUCAGAAAAACAACAAAACCCAAAAGGAAUGCAUUCAAUGUGAAGAUAAUUAUGUUGUUAAUGAUAAUAUUUGUCAAGUUGCUGCGAAUAUACAAACUCGAAAAGAUGUAG